GUUGCCGUUGUCCUGCGCCGCCUCCUACUCGUUGGUGGUGGUGGUGGCGGCUGGCGUGUACCGGGGAAACUGCGUCUCAGCCAGGACGCAAGGUUAGGUUUUAGUUGCUGGUGUGCUUUGCUGACUGAAAAAAACUGCACUCACUCACUCACAGAUUGAAGAAGAAAGGGAGACUUGGAGAAAGUGUGUGGGAGCCCAGAGUCUCAUCGACCAUUCUCUCCUCAGAUAGAUGGAGAAGAAUAGAAAGCGAAUUGCCAAAAGAAUUGCAGUCCCUGGUGCAUAUCCAUCCCUACUGGGAGGAAAAUAACACAAGAUUGCUGAAGGUGUGCUGGUCUACUUGAUGCAAAUGGAACAGCUGGAAAAUAUUUGCUCAUUUGAUCAUCUUUGUGCUUGACCCAAAAUAAAGUUUGCCUUCGAACAACUCUCAACAGCCAAGGACACGCCAUGUCAGCAAUUUUAGCCAUAUGUCAUUGUCAUUAAGGAAUUUGGGUUUGGAUUCAAGGCCCAUCAUCCAGUGUUGGAAAGAGUGAGACAACAGAAGAGACGUGUGACGGAUGUGAAGAAGCUGGUGAAACAAGAGCAUGGCUAUGAGCAACAGGAAUGGUGACUUCAUGGUUCAGAGCAAUGGCAGUGUCCCAUCAAAUGCUAACGGUAACAGCAUCCCUGCAGCCUGCGAUGGAGACCACCUCUCCCAGCAGCUGUCAGCCAAGGAGACCUCAAGGACAAAAGUGAGUCAGAACAGUGGUACGCUGCCAAAUGGCACUGUUAAGCCUUCUCUCUUUCCAGACAGCACAAUAAAUAACCAAAGACCUGUGCCACUGCUGCCACAAUGUUGCCACCAUUGUCCAUACCAUCAUCCCUUGUGUUGUCACAGUAACCAACCAGAUUGCCAUUCUUUGGGAAAUACCACCAUCACCUCUCCAUUGACUCCCUCUUGUCUGCAAGCUCGCUCCGAGUACCCGACAUCUGUGUGCCAAAAUACUUCCCCUAUCCAUCCAGCCAGCUGCUGUCUUCAGCCUGCCUCAUCUCUCAUCGAUCACGCUCCCCUUUGUCUUCACCAUCGAUGGCCUGACCAUUUCCAGCAUCAACCUGUGCCACAGCAACACGUCCGCAACAUCAGAGCUCCAAGGCCUUUCCGAUUUCCCCGAAGCUACGCAGCUCUAAUUGCUGACUGGCCAGUGGUGGUCCUGGGGCUAUGCACAGUGCUAAUAGUGAUAUGUGCACUGGUUGGGAUCCUGGUACCAGACCUUCCAGACUUCUCUGACCCACUGCUGGGAUUUGAACCCAGAGGAACAGCAAUUGGUCAAAGAUUAGUCACCUGGAAUAACAUGGUGAAAAACACGGGGUAUCAAGCGACACUUGCAAACUAUCCUUUCAAAUAUGCGGAGGAGCAAGCCAAGAGCCAUCGAGAAGACAGGUGGUCAGAUGAUCCCUAUGAGAGAGACAAGCGGCAGGCAGAGUGGAAUUUCCAUAAGGACAGUUUCUUCUGUGAUGUUCCAAGUGAUCGAUACUCUCGAGUCGUAUUUGCCUCAGCAGAUGGGGAGAACUUGUGGCGAACACAAUCAAUUAAAUCGAUGUGCAAUCUCGACAAUGCCAGGAUCCGUUCACACUUUCAGUUUGGGGACCUUUGCCAGAGGACGUCGGCUGCCUCCUGCUGCCCCAGCUGGACACUGGGCAAUUACAUCGCCAUCCUCAACAACCGAUCCUCCUGCCAGAAGAUCACUGAGCGAGACGUGGCACACACGUUAAAACUCCUCCGCUCCUGCGUUAAAUAUUACCACAACGGGACUCUGGGACCUGACUGCUGGGACAUGACCACCCGUCGCAAAGACCAGCUGAAGUGCACUUCUGUGCCACGCAAGUGCACCAAAUAUAAUGCCGUCUACCAAAUUCUCCAUUAUUUGGUGGACAAGGACUUCUUGAGCCCCCAGACCUUGGACUAUGUGAUUCCAGCAUUAAAGUACAGCAUGCUGUUCAUCCCCACAGAGAAAGGGAAAAGCAUGAUGGGCAUUUAUUUGGACAACUUUGAGAAUUGGAACUGUUCAGAUGGUGUCACCACCAUUGCAGGAAUAGAGUUUGGGAUCAAGCACAACUUGUUCCAGGACUACCUUCUGAUGGAUACCGUGUAUCCUGCCAUUGCGAUUGCGAUUGUUCUGUUGAUAAUGUGCAUGUAUACUAGAUCCAUGUUCAUCACCUUGAUGACCAUGUUCGCCAUCAUCAGCUCCUUGAUCGUCUCCUACUUCCUCUACAGGAUCGUUUUUGGCUUCAAGUUUUUCCCAUUCAUGAACCUCACGGCGCUCAUUAUUCUGGUGGGGAUCGGGGCAGAUGAUGCCUUUGUCCUGUGCGAUGUUUGGAACCACACUAAGUUUGACAAGCCCCAGGCAGAAUUGGCAGAAACAGUGAGUGUCACCCUGCACCAUGCAGCCCUCUCCAUGUUUGUCACCAGCUUCACCACCGCAGCUGCCUUCUACGCCAACUAUGUCAGCAACAUCACCGCUAUCCGGUGCUUCGGUGUUUAUGCUGGCACCGCCAUUCUGGUCAACUACAUUUUAAUGGUGACCUGGCUCCCAGCAGUGGUGGUGCUGCACGAACGCUACUUGCUGCAUUUUUUCCAGUGCGGUGAGAAGCCCGGGCAGCGGGCCUACCGUGACAGCUGGCCAGCGCGACUAUGCCGCAAGUUGCAGAGCCUCCUGCUGGCCGCAUCCGAGACAUCCCGGAUAUUCUUCGAGAAGGUGCUGCCUUGCAUUGUCAUCAAGUUCCGCUACAUCUGGCUGUGCUGGUUCCUGGCCCUGACCAUUGGUGGCGCCUACAUCGUCUGCGUCGACCCCAAGAUGAAGUUGCCGUCGCUGGAGCUCUCCGAGUUCCAGGUGUUUCGCUCGUCACACCCCUUUGAGCGCUACGAUGCGGAGUUCCGCCGGCUUUUUGUCUUCGAGCGGGUACACCACGGUGAGGAGCUGCACAUGCCCAUCACUCUGGUGUGGGGCGUCGCACCUGUGGAUGGUGGUGACCCACUUAACCCUCAUAACAAGGGUCGAUUGCGGCUAGAUGCUACCUUCGAUGUGGCCAGCCCCACCUCCCAGCUGUGGCUCCUGCGCUUCUGCCAACGGCUGAGGAACCAGACCUUCUUCCACCAGACCGAUGAGCAGGACUUCACCAGCUGCUUCGUCGAGACCUUCCGGCAAUGGAUGGAGAAUCAAGACUGUGAGGAGCCCACCCUGUAUCCAUGCUGCAGUCAGUCCACCUUCCCCUAUAAGCAAGAGGUUUUUGAGCUGUGCAUCAAACGUGCCAUUAUGGAGCUUGAGCGUAGUACUGGCUACCACUUGGACAGCAAGACACCAGGGCCCCGCUUUGACAUCAAUGAUACCAUCCGAGCUGUGGUCCUGGAGUUUCAGAGUACCUACCUCUUCACGCUGGCCUACGAGAAGAUGAAUCAUUUCUACAAGGAGGUGGAUGCCUGGAUCAUGGAGGAAUUGAAAGCUGCUCCGGCUGGCCUCAGCAACGGCUGGUUCGUCAGUGGCCUGGAGUUUUUCGAUCUUCAGGACAGCCUUUCGGAUGGCACCUUGGUGGCCAUGGGGCUCUCGGUGGCUGUAGCCUUCAGCGUCAUGUUACUCACCACCCGCAACGUGGUGAUCAGCCUGUACGCCAUUGUCUCCAUCACCGGGACCAUCUUCGUCACAGUGGGCUCGCUGGUACUACUGGGCUGGGAGCUGAAUGUUCUGGAGUCUGUCACCAUCUCUGUGGCUGUGGGUUUGGCUGUUGACUUUGCUGUCCAUUAUGGUGUGGCCUACCGUCUGGCCCCAGAGACGGACCGCGAGGGAAAGGUGGUCUUCUCCCUGAGCCGGAUGGGGUCUGCCAUCGCCAUGGCUGCCCUAACCACCUUUGUGGCUGGUGCUAUGAUGAUGCCCUCCACUGUCUUGGCCUACACACAGCUUGGAACCUUCAUGAUGCUCAUCAUGUGCAUCAGCUGGGGCUUCGCCACCUUCUUUUUCCAGUGUAUGUGUCGCUGCCUGGGGCCACAGGGCUCCUGCGGCCAGAUCCCCCUACCCAAAAGGUUGCAAUGCCAUGGCUUGCCUCAGCCAUCCCCACCCCAUGCUGGCCGCGGACGGAAGGAGGGCAAGAGUGUCUGCCGUGUCCACAAGCACCAGCAAGCUGGUGAGGGAGACCGGCUGGAGAUGGAACAUGAGCAUUACGAACUGGAGCCCCUGGCUGCCAGAGAGGGUGGUGAGGCUGGUGAGAAGAGGCUAGACGCCACUGGUGAUGGCGAAGUGCUGGGCACCGAUCCCCGGCUGUUCAAUGGAACCCGCAUACCCGCCUACCGCCCUGCCACACCAAGCCGGGGGUCAGCUAACCUGUCGGCACAAGCCAAGCCAGCGCUGCCUCAGGUCCGGUUUGUCCAGAUCAGCACACGGCUGAACAGCAUCCCCCACUCGCUGGAGAGCGUCACCGCCCGGGUACAUGCCAACCCCCAUUAAAGCCCCCGACUGGGGCGAUCUGGAGUCUCUGUAGUCAGUGGACUGCGUGUGGUUUAUCAUCCCAUUUCCUUGGCACCCAGCUCUUCAGGGGCAACUUGAUGCCACCGCUGGGCUGCCUAGAAUGUUGUGCACGUGCCUAUGUGCCAUGUGCCACCUCUGCUACAUCCCCCCCCCCCAAUUACCUUGCUCACCACCCUGCCAUGCUUCAUACAGAGAGGCAGGUACUGAAAAGUUCUCCACUUGGAAACUUCUGCCUGUCUUCCAGCCCCACAAGAGAUUUAAAAGCCAAAAAAUCUCAUAGCUCCCACUAUCCAGUGGGGACGAGGGGUUUGGAAGUGGGAGCAACCAUGGGACCCUUCAGACAGCAGCAUCUUCUCUGGACAGCUGCAGACACCAAACCCUGUACUCUUUCUUUCUGUCCCUGUGUUAAUAAUGGCAACUCCUCAGGACAGCACAUGCCAAAACCAAAGGGGUCUUAACGUAACAGCCAACACAGACAUCAUGGACAGAGAGCGCAUGCUCUAAUGGCAGAGCCACAUUCUCAAAUUAAAACGGGCCAAGUAGUAACGGAGCCCAACGCUCUGGCCAAACGGAACCCUCAUGGCCGGGACCGAACCGGACAGGAUUCUCGCACUCAGGGACGGCGCGCCCUCGUUUCCAUUUGCUGCCACAUGUCACAGCCCAGCAACUGAACCCCAGCGAUAACAAAGUGCAAUUGUAUCGACUCCGUUCUUCCAAAGGCUGAAUGAAGCCAGCGUGCCUGCUGUCUGGACAAGGCAUUCAGAACUAAUCAGUGAGCCCUUUGUGCACAGAGGGGAGAACACUGCGAGAGUGCUUUAACUCGAGAUGAAGGCACAUGUCUCAAUGCCUUUU